AUUGCAGGGGAGCUGCAGGUUUUGCCAGUAAAGAAUCACGCAUCUUUGUGUAUAGGGGAUUCCGUAUCUCUUGAAGUAGAAAUUACUGGCGCUCAAGGGCAACCAAAUGUACAGUGGUCUCAUGGACAAAGUCUUUUGGACGACAGCGAGCAUUAUUCUUCAAAUUCCAAUGGGACAGUUCUGGAUAUAAGCAAUGCUUUGCCUCUGCAUGCUGGGACAUACUAUGCUACGGUUACAGACGGAGUUUCUUCUGAAUAUGCGAUUUUCAACGUGGAAGUUCAUGGUAAUAAAAACAACUUCUUAUCUUCCCUAAAAGUUUUUAAAAAGUUUUGCUAUGCCGUAACACCUACAAAGUACGCACAAUUUCUUUUUUGCUUUUCGCUCUUUUGCUUCGUUAAUUGAGUUCAACAAUAAUUAAUACCCAACAUUUAAAAUUCCGCCAGAAACAUAAAGUUUCCUAUAGGUCUACUAUUAGUUAACUAAAGGAAUUGUAAUAAUCAGAAAAUUGUUUCAUUUAUAGGAAUUGCAUGGCAAAGCAUUGCGAGCGCAAUUCUGUUUGAACAAAAUAAUAGAAAUUUAAAGGAGACUAUUUUGACGAGAAUCAGAUGUCCACAACGUUGAUAGCCUGGACACAGACGUUGUUUGUUUUUCUUUUCGAUAUUCGAAGAGCGUGGAGCACGGGAACGAACCAACCCAACCCCCAUCCCAUUGCGCUUAAGGUCAAUAAAAUCCCCCUCAGUGUAAUAUUCAUAUGCUCGUUCGACGAUCUCCUGAGAGAAAAUUGAGGGUCUGUGAACAGGCUACAACGUCAAACGCCCAUAAGUAAACGCUUAUAGAUAACCUGCGUGUAAGCUCGUAAUUCUCACUUCUCCUUUCGUGUGUUGCUUACGCGUGACUUAAUGAAAAGCUUGCUUGCAGCCGGGCUAAUUUACCGCGCAGACGAUGGACGCUGUGAAAUGAUGAGCUCCCGUUAGGAGGCAAUGAGUGGCCAUUCUGUAUCUUAGUGUUACUAUCAAAAUCUUCUUUUAGAUACCUACCUUCGCACUUUGAUCAAGAGUCCUUUAAUAAUUCAACUUGGUGGCACAGGCGUGUUAAAGGUCGAGAAAUCCGACGGCGGAAUUUUAUGGUGGAUACACCAGGGAGACAUUGUAAGAGGACAGAACAGCCACUACAAGUUCUUGGACACCUUAGGAUCAACGGGGACAGAGUUAGAAAUUUCCAACGCCGGCGUAGAGCAAGCUGGAUUUUAUGAGGUGGUGUUGAAAGAAGCGGGUUGCGAAAUAAGAAACGUGUUUGAUGUGCAGAUAGAGGGUGAGUAGUAUGAACCAAGUGGGGGAUCUUGAAGGGGGAGAUCCGAGGGUGCAAGGUUCCUCCAUGUAGCUUGUUAUAUAUGGUGUAAAUAAUAAUUCACAUUUUUGAAUUAACUGGAAACGUUGAUGUUCCAGCUGGUAUAAGACUCCAAAUGAAAAAAAUGUUUAUUGUCUAUUUUAGGCCAAACUCCCGGGGGGCUACUUUAGGAAUUUCUGGGUGGGGAUGUGCCGCUGGGACCCUGGAACCCCUAACCUAUACCAGAGCUAGUUCAGCUGAAUUUUGCUACCCUAUACUAGAGUAAACUCCCCAAAUCCCCCUUAUCCUAGAGUAGCUGUUUUCCAGAAACUACUGAGGUCACUAGCACAGUCUAGCCAAAACAAAACCUUAUACCACAAUCCCUAGUCUAGAUAAAAUCUUCAACCAACUGAUUAGUUUUCUGAAAAAUGAUACCCUAUUCUAGACCCAAACGCUCUGAUUUAUAUACCCUAUCGUAGAGUAAACUGCUAGAAAACCAUACCCUUCACAGCGGCACAUACCUAUAUAGCCCAUAUAUGGCAGUACCCCCCCGGGGCCAAACUGAAGUCUGCGCCCUUCCUCCGCCUCUUAGGCCAUGUUCACACUAUAUAGUCGUUCUCACACAUGGAAUGUUGGACGGAAUAGUCAUCGAUCAAUCCUGAAUAUUUACUUCCCUUCAAGGGGAUUCCAGUUCCUCCCGCUACUUAUUCAUUUCUGCUGCGGUCCGAAUACCUGGUCAAACUUCACCGAGGUAGCACAAAGAACCUUUCCGAUAUGUGAUGCUCCACUCGCGCCGAAAUCAACGUUCUUAUGUGUGAACAGACACGGUGGACAAACAGGACACCAAAUGUGGCCACUUACGAACUACUUUUGCAGUGUUUAUCCGUUUGAGUUCAAAAUUUAGAGGAUGGUAGAACUUUGCAUUCCAAACAGUCGUAUGUUUUUUUGUUUUUCGAUUUUAACGGUUUUUGGCGGGAAAAUGACGUCACAAGAUUGACAGCAAAAUUUAAAUUUUAACUAAUGGCCUAACAAAUUGAGCGUUUUCACUCACGUGACCAGCAUCUAUGCAAAUUUAAUUGAAACAAAAAAAAAACGUUUACAUAAGAAAAGAGUUCAACUCCCACAAGAUUUUUUUGGGAAACCAACAUGGUCACCGUUUUAUUGUUUUGGAACACCAAUAUGGCCUCCGUGACGUCAUGUGAAAACGCUCGGUAGGUAAUUUUGAAAGAGAGUGAAGAGAUUGAAACAAAUGUGAAAAAAUUUGUUGAAAAGGUCAGUUGGUUAAAGAAUUAUUUUAAGCCUUGAUGUUUGAAAUUGCCGCCAUUUUGUUACUAUUUUUAGAAACAAAAGCACAUUUCGAAAUGCUAUAUCUCCUAAAUCAACUGAGUUUUUCAAAUUUUCGUAUUUGUUUCUAUCCCUACUUCAAAAUUACCUAUUUGUUGCGCCAUCAGUUGAAAUAAAAUUUUGCUGUCAAUCUUGUGACGUCAUUUUCCGCCAAAAAACGUACGAUUGUUUGGAAUACAAAGUUCAACCAUCCUGCAAACUUUGAACUCAAACAAAUAAAAACUGAGAGUUAGUUCCUAAGUGGCCACAUUUGGCGUCCUGGCCCGGGUUUCUCGAAGCAUGGUUAGUGCUAACCAGCGUUAAAUACCAUGGAAACCUAUACAUUUUGAUACCUCUUAACCAACGGUUAGCGCUAACCAGGUUUCGAGCAACCCGGGCCUGUUAGCCCACAGUGAGAAAUUUUCGUGUCAGCGCCAGAGUCAACCGGUAUAGUGAACAUAGCUUUGGGGCCUGGAUGAGUUGAAGAUCUAGUUGAGCCGCCACUGUUAAAGGUUCAGUUUCUAAUAAAAGUUGGCGUAGUAUCCGCGAGGGUGCGAAGCAUAAAUUUUGGCUUUAAUAACUGAGUUGAUAAAGUCAGUUUGCCUCCUCAACUCUUUAAAGUCCAAGGCUGACGAACAUCAGUUUUCUCCGAACAAAGGCAUACAAGAUCAAGAGGAAAGGUUAUGAGAAUUGAUGUAGGGUAGACCGCGAGCGGUUGUUCGUUCUUCUUUCUUUAGAGCCACAUGCGGCGAGGAAAAAAGUAAAAUUUUGCAAACUAAUGGUAAAAAGGAGAAGAGAUUGAGGCGGAGGGAGGAAAAGGAUUUCCUGUAUCAGGCCUGUGCCCUCGUUUCGUUCCUCACUCGCCCCUUGGGUGUACUCGAAGUAAUAAUAGGAGACAAGAGAGGAUAAAGGGGACAGAGAAGGCAUCCCCCAUACACACCCUAUUCCAUAGGUAAUUCGUCUCGAGUUAUUUUUAAGACCACAGAUCCCAAGGGGCAUUAGACAACAGCCAAUCACAUAGCGCGAAUGUGUUCCGCGUGGAUGACCCACGCUCAGAGCCACGCGUCCUUCACGAAUUGACGCAGAACAAAAUGGUUGAGAGCGAUAUUGCUAUUCGUUGUGUCGACGAAAACGACUACAGAAAGAUUUCUGCUAAAGCCGUGUCAGCGAAACGGAAAUUAAAAAAGAAUGGCCCUUCCUCUCUUGUAUAGAGCUGACAGUACAGCAGGGAAAUCCUUAAGACACUGAAUAUUCUCUCAGGAUCAUUUAUAAUUUACAGUUUGAAGAGAGCAAUUUCUGGUUUGAUAUUUAUUCUUUUAUUUGUCUUUCAUUAUUCAACAAAAAUAACACUUGGCGUCCUACUGGCGUACCAACGACCGGUUUCAAUAGACCAGCGAAAUAUCUCAUUUUAUUAAAGCACUGAGGUUACGACAACUUCGAGUUAAACUAAUUUCACGGAUUGUCAAAGAGUCCAUCGAUUCCCUUUUCCCAGGUGAGCGCCGGUUCAUUUCGCUUCAAUAUUCAGGAACGCUCUCAAUGCUUUUCUCCCGACAUGUUUUGCACGGCGUUUAGUCAUGCGAAACCUCCAGGAAACAUCCUUACAGCGCGCCGCGAGGUAACUUUAUCCCGAUUCUAAAAAUCACUCGAGACGAAUUACCUAUGGAAUAGGGUGUGUAUGGGGGAUGCCUUCUCUGUCCCCUUUAUCCUCUCUUGUAGAAGAUUGUUUGUUCGCAGUUUGGUCAUAGGGGAAAUGCUUUGAUCUAUUUAAUUAAACUCUUAACUACAUGAAGUUAAAUUUGAUGAGAUUAGUCUCGAAAAUUUGUUUGUGGAUAUCGCUGCUUAGGGGUUUAACAGAUUCAUGAUCAAAAGCUGACGUUUUGGACGCUGACUCUUUUUUCAGAGAGAUUAAAAAAUACGGUGGGUGGUAUUGUUGUAUUGAAAACUGCAUCGACAAGUGCCGGUUUGGGUAGCUUUUUACUAUCAUGUGCUGAGCCUAAUAAUAAACCCUCUUUGAGAGAACCUGGGACGAAAAACUGCGUUGCGCAAACUAGCUCAAACUAUUAGAGAAUAGCAGUGAAAUUCUUAAACGUCUUCAUCUGAAAAGGCUACCUGUUUCCAUCCAUGUUCCGCAAAAGUGUUGUUGAGAAUGUUUCUGCACGAUUACUCAGCUAAUUAUAACCACAGUACAUUGGACUUUUAAAAUGAUAUUAGCCACGACGCAAAGUUACAAAAGUGUAAAUCGGGCUCAUUUUGCUCGUUUGGUUAUAAGCAUUUAGGAUAUGGUUAAUUGGGAACUUGCAGUGAUGCAGCAAAAUGAUUACUAAAUAAUUGCAUUGUAAUUAUUUUAGUGCCAGAGGAAGAGAAAGAGGAAGAAAUUUCAGUGGCUUCAAAUACGACAGGUGAGAAACUUGUUACGGCACCUUCCAUCAUUCCCGGGGGGUACUCCCUAUGAUAGCCUAUGCGUGGAGGCUCCGCCCGAAAGGGGUAUCUUUUUCAGGCCUCAGGUAUAUGAAAGGAUAAGGAAAUCUGUCAUUUGGGUGUGUGUAAGAGCUAACAGAUGACUUUUAUGGCUUUAUAAAGUCGAGAAAACGUUCUAUUUUUGUGAUUGAUUCAUAUAACAGCGGUUAAAAGGGAUACAAAGUUCUAAACAAGGUACUUGAAAGGGGCAUCAUUUGUCAAUAGAAGGUAUACGAAAGGGGUACCUUUUUCGUGAAAAAUGGUAAAUAAAUAGCUGAAUAGCUGCAAUAGCUGAACUAUCCGGGGCGGAGCCUCCCCGUAUAAACAUUUGUUGCGUAAUCCCCCCGCCCCGGUCAUCAUUUCCCUAAAGGUUUGUGAAAACUAAAAUAGUUGAUAACCAAUGGGUAAAGAAACCAUUAUACAGUGACUGCUGAGCAGUCUGCAAUGGCGGAACUAGAAAAAGGGCCGGAUAAACAAACUCCCUAUGGCCUUACUUGUACACCAAAUGCAAGGGCCGUAAGGAUCACCUUGCGAGAUCAGCUUCGUUUCGUUUUAAAAGCCUCCAUCACUUAAACUGACUGAAGGUCUUUAUCUGCCAGUGAUAUGAAGACUUUUUGCCUAUUAUCAGCCUGGUCUGUGUGUGUGUUCCAUCUCGAGAGGAUAAAGGUCCAUCAAGUCGAUGACCUUUAAAGUCCACUUAUUAAACACUUUAUAGAUUGUGUCAAGUCUUGCUUUGUUGCAUGUUACUCUUCUCUGUAUAACAGCUUAAACAAUUCAACCUUCACUGCUUGCUAUAGACACUGUUUUUCCAAGUGGGAACUCAAGGAGUCGACACUAGUUGACAAGUGAGCCUCCCUCUGCCACUUCUUCAAUUCUCCUACCACAAUGUAUUAUUUGUUCUCUUACCCUAGACGAAUUUAUCGUCAAUAGAAAUCUGUUAAUAAUAAUUAAUCGAAUAACCAGUUUCGUCCUUCCUUUCACGAAACCUGUAGCAUGCUACUCUACCUUAAAAAAAGACAAUGGUUUUUUUUUUUAUUUUUCAUUUCAGAGCCUGUCAAGUUAUGGGGUAUUAUUGACUACAAAUACCUUAAGGUAUUCAGUGGAGAUUUUACUGGCGAAUGGUACGUUGUACCAAGUGUCUUGGGUCCCAUUGUCAUUUUACUUCUGGUGUUUAUUGUUUGCCUGAUUAGAAGGGCAGCAACUAAAAAGCGGUAAGUUGACAUACUUUCUGAAAGCAGCAGGUAAUGCCGUGUUCUUUCCACGCAUGUUCAGAAAUUUCGGAAAACUCGGAACUCAGUUACUUCAUACAAUACACACAAAUUAAUAUUUGUAAUUUCCAUAUGACUUCAUGUAGACAGAAUUGUUUACGUUUAAGUGAGGAUUGGGGCUAGGGGACACUUCAUGAUGUUUAUCAUAAGGGGGAUGAAUCCCAUUCGGCCCCGAAUCCUGGUCAUACGUGUAUCUGAUGUCUUCAGGUUGUCUCUUUCCGUCCAACACCACGUAAUGACCAGACUUGUCAUUCCAACUUUUUAAACUCUGAACGAAAUCCUAUGGUGUUACCGUCCAAAUUAAACUUCUUGGAAGAACGUUUGAAAAUCACUUUUUAGUUCUUUGAAUUUUACAAAAGGAAUUUGAAUUUUUUUGGCGAUUUUUUUCUUGCCAGCUAUAAGGAGUGAAAGGGUUAAGGAGAGUGACGUCAUUUGAGUAAUGAUAAAGAUAAUGCUACAGGAGCCCUCAAAAGAAACUCUUUUCAAUGGAUAACGAAAAAAGCAAACGAGCGUUUAUCUCUGCUAAGAAGUAAACGUUUUUCCCUGCACAUUUAGCGCAAAAAUUUGUAUUAUUUUGUUAAACAACAUGUUCGCUUUAUGAUGUGGCUGCUGGUGGUUUUGCACUGUUCGAAGGUCAUUGUUUGCCUUUCGCACUGUUCUAUAUUAUAACUCGAGUGUAGUUUACAGAAAAACCUUUGUGAAAGUGCCCCUGAACGAGAGAGUUUACUUACUGUCCUGUACUUUGGUUACAGUCCCAAGAAAGAAAAAAGCGAAGUCAAGAAGGAGCCCAAAGUCACAACUCAUGUGGUGAUUGAAAAGCCUGUAUACACAGUACAAAAACAGGUUUUAGACCCGGUGUACUAUCCAACCACUGAUCCAGUUUUCGAUAUUGCACCUGUUACGUCAAGUCAUCCCCAGUCU